AUGAACCCGGUGAAUGCCACUGCUCUCUACGUGUCCGCGAGCCGCCUGGUGCUCAACUACGACCCGGCGGACCCCCAGUCCUUUUCCGAGAUUAACAAGCUCCUGCCCUACUUCAGGCAAUCCCUCUCCUGCUGCGUGUGCGGAAAUUUGCUACAAGACCCUAUUGCUCCUACCAACUCCAAUUGUCAGCAUUAUGUCUGCAAAACGUGUAAGGGCAAGAAGAUGAUGAUGAAGCCCUCGUGUAGCUGGUGCAAGGACUACGAGCAGUUUGAGGAGAACAAGCAGCUGAGCAUCCUGGUGAACUGCUACAAGAAGCUGUGCGAGUACAUCACGCAGACGCCGCUGGCCCGGGACAUCAUCCAGGCCGUGGAUUGCUCUGCAGACCUGCUGGCUCUGCUCAAGGAUGGGGCACCGCUGCACGAGGAGACGGAGAAAUCCUCGGACGCGGCCCUGGCGCUGUGUCUGACGCACUCCCCGGUCCCUUCCACCUCGGAGCUGGCCACGGACACGCCGGGGGCAUUCACGGCGCUGCCCGAGAGCAGCCCCGGCCUGGACCUGCGGGGCUCCGUCAUCAACGGGCUGCCCCCGUGCAACGGGCUGUCGGUGGAGAAGCUGGGCGUGAGCAUCCCCUCCCCGGAGCACGCCAGCGCCAUCGACGUGUGCGGCACCGGCGACUACAUCAAGACGGAGGACAUCCCUGGCAGCCUGCAGCCCGUGUGCGACACGGUGGCCACCAGCGACCUGUGCCCCGCGGGCAUCGACAUCUGCGGCUUCAGCGAGGACAUCAAGCCGGGCGGGUCGCUGCUGCUCAGCGUGGAGGAGGUGCUGCGCAGCCUGGAGACCGUGUCCAGCGGCGAGGUGUGCGACUCCAACCUGCAGCCCGGCCUGGAGGCCAACAUGGCCAACGGCCCCUUCCUGCAGCUCUCCCCCCCUGCCCUCAGCCAUAACAUUUUCAUGGCCACAGAGGCGUCUCCUCACGGGCUCUCCUGCACGGCAGCCACGCCCAAGGUGGCGAAGCUGAACAGGAAGCGCUCUCGCUCCGAAAGCGACAGCGAGAAGGUUCAGCCUCUGCCCAUCUCCAGCAUCAUCUGCGGCCCAACGCUGGGAGCCUCGGCUCCUGUGACGGUCAAACAGGAGAAUAAAAUGUCCUUGCAGCCCAUUGCGACUGUACCUAAUGGAGGAACUACUCCCAAAAUCAGUAAAACUGUGCUCCUGUCUAACAAAAGCAUGAAAAAGAACUUAGAACAUGCCCCCAAGAAAUCCCACCCGAAAGCCAAACCGGGGGUGCUGAAAACAAAAGACAAGGCAAAGGAGAAAGUUCCCAGCAGUAACGUUAUGCCAGGAAGCCCGACAAAAACUGUGUAUAAAAAGCCACAAGAAAAGAAAGGGUGUAAAUGUGGUCGUGCCACCCAAAAUCCAAGUGUUCUUACAUGCCGUGGCCAACGCUGCCCUUGCUACUCGAACCGCAAAGCCUGCCUUGACUGCAUAUGCCGUGGCUGCCAAAACUCCUACAUGGCGAACGGGGAGAAGAAGCUGGAGGCCUUUGCAGUGCCAGAAAAGGCCUUGGAGCAGACUCGGCUUACUUUGGGCAUUAAUGUGACAAGCAUUGCCGUGCGCAAUGCCAGCACAAGCACCAGUGUAAUCAAUGUGACAGGGUCACCAGUAACGACGUUUUUAGCUGCCAGUACACACGAUGAGAAAAGUUUGGAUGAAGCUAUAGACAUGAGAUAUGACUGUUGAACCUUUCUUUCUUUUCCCUGCCAUCCGUAGGGGAACUGCUACAGGUUUAAGGCAGCUAUGGUUCUGUUUAACUUGCUGGAGCUCCUGCGUUUAGAUCACUUGUAUCAAGUGUUUUUCAUUGCUAUGUUCUGUGUAUUAGUGUCUGGGAAAUAGUUGCAGAUAAUGGAGGAGUUACCCUAAAACUGUUUUUAGUUCUUACAGCACCUCAUAGUUUGAGAUCGAUUGCUGAUGUAAAUGAUUUUAUCACAAGAUCUUUUGACAAGGAAUAUAUUUGACCUCAUUGUACUUGCUCAUGCUUUGUGCUCAGUCAAAGCUUCAGCUUCAGUGUAGCAUCCAGAUAGUGCAUCUCAACUGUGCUAGAUGAUGGUGUAGAAGAAUAAUUAUUUGAUGGGUUGCAGUCACCAUGAGCAGGAAAUGACCUGACAUUCCUGUGGGAAAGGCAGCGCUGAGCUGGGGGAUGCGCUCUGGAAAGGGCAGGUAGUGGUGAUUGUGAGAGCUGGCUGUGCCCUCUGCUGAAGAGCACACAGCUAAACAAGAUUAAUUAAUCUGCUGAGCAGCAUCUCAGGCUGCAGGCAAGGCUCAGGAGGGUCGGGUGGAUGCAAAGGUCGAGCUCCAGCUCGGAUACCCCGUCCUGGUAAUGACAUCACCCUUGGGGUUUGUCUUCCUGACACUUCACAGGUCACGUCCCUGCUCAGCUGCCCCUCUGUGCCAGCCCCCAGAGUGUGACAAGUCACUGAGGGGCUGGGCUGGGAGAACAUCACUGGUACCCUAUGAAGGCUCAAGUUCUGUUGGCACCAUCCUCUCCCAUUCCCGAGUUCCCGGUGUUUUACUGCUGUUGCUUCUAGGGAAGAGAAGGGGUUCUGUGGGUUACAGGGAGUCCUUGGCCGAUUUUCCCCUCUGGUGCUGAUCAGUGCCGGGCUACAGGGAGAUUGUGCAGCCCUUACCACCACUGGGGGUUGUUGGAUCCCAGGUUGGUAGCAGAGCCGGGACCCCUCCCGUGGAGGCGAGUUCCCACUGAUGGCACCUCCCAGCCAGGCACAGGAUCGAGGGCUAUCAAAGGUCAAAUUCUUGGGGUGUUUGCUAAACAGAAUAAGCUAUAUAUAACUCACUCCGCCCUGAACCUAUCUCAUUUUUUUGCUAAAAUGUUGAAAGCAGCUUUUGAAGGUCAUUGCUUUUCAACCUGUGCUAAAAGGCUUGAAAAUAGAAAAAUAACAAAGUUGUCGAGCUUAUCUGGAAAAGUGUUACAGUGAAAGAAUUCCUCUUAGGAAUUCAGCUUUGUGCAAAAAUGGUUGAUUGCAGCGCAAUCCCUACAUCAGAGUGCAGGCACAAAAUUGAGUUGUGCCUUCAGGGCUUCGUUGGAAACCUAAAAAGUUGCAAUUGCUUUGUGAAAGCAGAAAUUCUCCUCUUGGAAUGACAGAGCACAACCCGACCAUGGGCUGACGCGAACACAACCAUUACUGUCUGAUUUUAAAGGCCAUUCCCGUUUCAGCAGCAUGUUAAAUAGCGUGUGGAUUUUUUGAGUUCCUUUCCUGCUUCCAUCUCCCCUGUCCCUCAGGCAGAGCCCCCGCGGUGCUUUCCGGCCCGGCGCUGGGUGUGCUUUGAUUUGGCACAAAGCACGUACAAUGACGGUUCCUCACCGAGAAAUGAGCAAAGCCCUUUGGACACAAAUGGCACCUCCUUUUGUUUUGUAGUGUACCAUGGUGUCAUUUUCUGUGAAUGUGGUCAGAGCUUUUUGUUGGUUUUGGUUUGUUUCUCCCCCCGUCUUUUUUGUGGGGUGGGCAGGGUGGGGGGUUAAAGCCAUAGGAAGAAAAAUGUGAUGUACGUGUCCAGUCUGUACUUUUUUGUUUUUGUUUUGCAAGAAGAGUUGAAAAAUAUUUUUGAUAAUGAGUAAAUGGUGGAAAAUGCU